UAAAGCGACAUCGUUUCAAUCUUCCCCUACACGUUCAAGAAAAUCUCCAUCUCUCUAUGUAAACUGUAAAGGCAUUCCCCCCCAUUUUGUUCGUUCUCUCAAACUCAAACACAAGAGCUAGUCUGAAGCGCCAAUAAGGAAAAUACACAAAGAUUCAACUGGGUUGCUUUCCACAACAUAUACCAACAACAUGUUCUACAGAGGGCAUUGUUGGUGGGAAAGAGGAAAACAAAAAGGGGCAUGCGUAUAUGAGACACUUGAUUGGGUCUCCCAACACCAGAGAAAUUGAUAUCCAGAGCUGGUUAAGAUCAGGGGGACUGUACUCAAUUGCUCCAAAAUUAUUGCCAGCCAAUGCACAAAAGAAUAGUGCUUUUUACUUAUCUGGGGGGCUCGAACCUGGGAUUAAGAUAACCCACUAUAGCAACAGACUAUUUAGCAGUUUCACACAUAUUGCUACCAGGGAGGUGUUUCUGGGGCUUCUCAAAUGAAGAACUUGCUUCUUGCCUCCUCCUUGUUGUCCGGCUGUCAAAUCAGAAGUGCAAGAGUAGCUGUUACAUAAGUGUGCUCUUCAUGAAUCCUAGCAAUAGUAGGAACUACAGUAGCCAAGUUCUAGAUCAUCCCUCUGGAAGAAUUUCAAGUCAAUCUGGCCGCCCUCUAAAAUUUGCAUCGAAUGAAACUUAUUCUGUUCUUCGAUCGAGUGGUCUUCAGCACUGGUUCAAAAACUGGCAAGAACUCAGGAGGCAUAAAUUGACGGCGAGCACUUUUGCCGGGGCUAUUGGUUUUUGGCCUCGCCGAAGAGCCCAGCUGUGGUUAGAGAAAAUUGGCGCAAUUGAGCCAUUUUCUGGAAACCUGGCUACCUGUUGGAGCAAUAUCAAAGAAGAGGAAGCACUUGAAAGAUACAAGCUCAUAACAGGAAAUACUGUUUUGUUUCCUGAAUUUCAGGUCUAUGGCGACAGAAUCCCCGAAGAUGAUUGGCUAGCAGGUUCACCAGAUGGAGUAGUUGACAGGCUAGUUUAUGGGUUGCCUUCACGGGGAGUGUUGGAGAUAAAGUGCCCAUUUUUCAAUGGAGAUGUGAGCAAUGCUCUCCCUUGGACACGAGUCCCCCUUUACUGUAUUCCACAAGCUCAGGGUUUAAUGGAAAUUAUGGACAGGGAUUGGAUGGAUUUAUAUGUUUGGACUCCUAAAGGGAGUAGUCUAUUUCGGUUAUACAGAGAUAUAGAAUACUGGGAUGUGUUGAAGAUAGCACUCUCUGAUUUUUGGUGGAGGCAUGUCCAUCCAGCCAGGGAGUUGUACCAUAAAUCUGUGAUCACGAAUCCCUUCACAGAAUUACGAUCACUCAGGCCAGCUCCAAGGCAUGAAUUAUGUAAUUAUAUAGUUUAUGAAAGCAAACACGUGGUUGAUAAUUCCAAGUUGUUGAUGCGUGAAAUUUAUGGAAAACUGCAAAACUGAUACAUCUGAUUGUCCAAUUGUGGGUUUCUUUGAAUCUUUGUGGCUCAAGUAGAUGCAGAAAUAAAAUCCUUAAUAUGAUUACAAGAGAAUGAAUAUAUUUUCCUCUAUAGCCAUGGUGCGAUAGAUAGCAAAUGAGAAGACAGUAGAGAUCGGAAUGUUCAGAACUUUGAGUUAUGUCACUGGCUACUCUUCGGAUGUUGAGUGCAUAUAAAGCCUAGGGUUGGUACAAUAUGUUUUGGACUAGCUGCAAGCCAAGGGGCCCUUCUUCAUGCUGGUGGUGAAAAAGGAAUGCGUUAUGCAAUGCCUAACGCUCGUAAUAUACGAUACAUCAGCCACAGAGUGGAUGUGGGGGUCACGUGGAGGAUGUGAGACGCCAAGUGAAUGAAGAAGUAGUUCAAUCUCGCCAUAAAAUUGACAAAAUGUAUGCUCUGCUUUCACCGGCCAAAGUCUUGAGAAAGUGCAACAAUACACCGAAAGGGAUCGUUUCCUGUCUGUUUCCGAGCUGAAUGCAGGCUAUGGAGUUUGGACUCGUUGAUGGUGUCUUGGAAACGGAAUACUGAAGGAAGCUACACGUUUUUUUUGUGCCCGAACUCCUAUUUUAUACUGCGGGCUGGUUGCCUUCCAUGAUAGUAUGCACAUGUAGUUUGGAAGCAAACUCUAAUGGAUUUGUUCUAGUUUUUGUUUUUGUUUUCAAGGCAAAUUCAUAUGCAAAUUUAGGAUUCGGUUAUGCGAAAAAAAUCCAUAACUGCAUGGAUUUUUGAAAUUUAGGAUUCA